CUGAGUGGGGCACUGAGCGGGGCGCGCGGCUUGGGGUACCCGAGGCCCUCCCCAUCUUUGUCAGGUGCCCGGGUUCUGGUCCAAGUCCCAAGCAGUGGAAGGCGGGCAAGCAGGAGUCAUGCAGUCCGAAUCGGGAAUCGUGGCAGAUUUCGAAGUCGGGGAGGAGUUUCACGAAGAACCCAAAACCUAUUACGAACUCAAAAGUCAACCUCUGAAGAGCAGCAGUUCUGCAGAGCAUUCUGGGGCCUCCAAGCCUCCGUUAAGCUCCUCCACUAUGACAUCACGCAUCUUGCUACGCCAGCAACUCAUGCGUGAGCAGAUGCAGGAGCAGGAGCGCAGGGAGCAGCAGCAGAAGCUGCAGGCAGCCCAGUUCAUGCAACAGAGAGUGGCCGUGAGUCAGACACCAGCCAUAAACGUCAGCGUGCCCACCACCCUUCCCUCUGCCACCCAGGUGCCGAUGGAAGUCCUUAAGGUGCAGACCCACCUGGAAAACCCCACCAAGUACCACAUACAGCAAGCCCAGAGGCACCAGGUAAAGCAGUACCUUUCUACCACUUUAGCAAACAAACAUGCCGGCCAAGUCCUGAGCCCGCCAUGUCCAAACCAGCCUGGCGACCAUGCCAUGCCUCCAGUGCCGGGGAGCAGCGCACCCAACAGCCCCAUGGCUAUGCUCACUCUUAACUCCAACUGUGAAAAAGAGGCGUUUUAUAAGUUUGAGGAGCAGAGCAGGGCAGAGAGUGAGUGCCCAGGUAUGAACACGCACUCUCGAGCUUCGUGCAUGCAGAUGGAUGAUGUAAUUGAUGACAUCAUCAGCCUGGAAUCAAGUUAUAAUGAAGAAAUUUUGGGCUUGAUGGAUCCGGCCUUGCAAAUGGCAAAUACGUUACCUGUCUCUGGAAACUUGAUCGACCUAUACAGCAACCAGGGCCUGCCACCCCCAGGCCUUACCAUCAGCAACUCUUGUCCAGCCAACCUUCCCAACAUAAAAAGGGAGCUCACAGCGUGUAUUUUCCCCACAGAGUCUGAAGCAAGAGCAUUGGCUAAAGAGAGGCAGAAAAAGGACAAUCACAACUUGAUUGAACGGAGAAGAAGAUUUAACAUAAAUGACCGCAUUAAGGAACUAGGUACUUUGAUUCCCAAGUCAAACGAUCCGGACAUGCGGUGGAACAAGGGAACCAUCCUCAAGGCUUCCGUGGACUACAUCCGAAAGUUGCAACGGGAACAGCAGCGAGCUAAGGACCUUGAAAACCGGCAGAAGAAGCUGGAGCAUGCUAACCGGCAUCUGCUGCUCAGAGUGCAGGAACUCGAGAUGCAGGCUAGAGCACAUGGGCUUUCUCUUAUCCCAUCCACGGGUCUCUGCUCGCCUGAUUUGGUGAAUCGGAUCAUCAAGCAAGAACCAGUUCUUGAGAACUGCAGCCAGGAACUUGUACAGCACCAGGCAGACCUGACAUGCACAACGACUCUGGAUCUCACGGACGGUACCAUCUCCUUUACCAACAACCUCGGCACCAUGCCUGAGAGCAGCCCGGCCUACAGCAUCCCCAGGAAGAUGGCCUCCAACUUGGAAGACAUCCUGAUGGACGAUGCCCUCUCACCUGUCGGCGUCACCGACCCACUGCUGUCAUCAGUGUCCCCAGGAGCUUCGAAAACAAGCAGCCGGAGGAGCAGUAUGAGCGCAGAAGAAACGGAGCAUGCGUGUUAGCGAGCUUGCCUUGUUCUGCCUCGGCACGGACUCCUCCCUCUCUUCUUCUUCAGUAGACUUCAUAAUUUACCUGAAGAGCUUUUCUUGAUAAUUUUCCUUUAAUAUGAAUUUUUCGUGCUUUACCAGUAGCCCAGGAUAUAUUUUAUUUUUAGAAUUUUGUGAGCCAGACUUGUAUAUUCUAUUUUACAACUACAAAGGCCUCCUAAGUAUUGUACCUUCAGCGUGCAGUAUCUGUGAACUGAUUUCUCGAAGCGUGAGCUUUCUGAGCAAGGGGAUUUUUGCUUCAGAGAAGUAAGUGUCUGUCCGUUUUCAUUCAGGGGAAAACUUCGUGUGAGCUCUGUCUGUCUGUGACCUCCUUUGAAAUUAACAUGUAAAGUUUAAUUACACGAAUGUAAAGCAACCAAAAGAAGAAAACAAAGAAGAUGAUGAUGAUUAUAGAAGAAGAAGAAGAA